CGUCGACGAGUAGUGCUCCGGGCGCUUGUACGGAUCGACGCUUUUGACGCCUCGCGCAUGGGAAACCGCCCGUCUGGGACAAUGGGCUGGGUCUAGAUUCUUGGAGAUGCUAAAUUUAUUUCUUGGUGAUCGGUUGUUGAGUCUUUUGGUGUUGAGGAUGCUUUGUUUCGGGAGGGCGUCGUUGUUAUAAAAGGGUUAUUGUCUGCCGUGGGAGGAUGAGGAUAUCAGAAUCAGAUCAGCUCUUUGUCUUUAGUUGUGUUGCAUUAUACCACCGUUCUUCAGAGAUAUCAUCUACAUUCAUUUGGAUUCUCAUAUUUCAUUUGGAUUCAAUAUUAUACAUUCCUUCCGCGACUGGUCGUGUUGUCCCAUCUUGACAGAUAUCUACUACAACAGGCACAUACUACACUCCUUCGACACCGUAGAGUUAUCACUUGUUCAACCCCUACACAAUCAACAUGGCCAGAUACGGCGCACUAGGUGCAACCUUCCAAAUCGCCCGGAUCGUGCAAGCCUGCUCCCUCAUCGCCAUCAUAGGCCUAACAGCCAACUUCAUCGCCGAGAUCGUCUCCAAGAACGCAACGCCACCGAGUGUCUUCAUCGGCACAAUCACCGUGACAUGCAUAGCCGUCAUCUACUGCGUCAUCUCCUUCAUCCUCUUCCUGGAUAACAUCCUCCCCUUCCUGGCGAGCGCCAUCAUGGACGCCCUGGUGCUUAUCGCCGUCAUCGUGGUGGCGGUCGUCAUCGGGAAACCACUCUCGUACCUCGAGUGCGAUGUCAUCGGGGAUCUGACGGGUGAUGGAUCGUCCGCAUACGCCUUUGCCACGAGUCUGGAUAACUAUCUGGACCAUCUGGGCGGGAAGGUCGAUUACAAGAACUGGAUUGCGGCGUCUAGGGGGGUGUGUCUGGAGGCGAAGUCCAUCUGGGGGUUGAGUAUUGCAUUGUGUAUUUUGUUCUUCUUUUCGGCGGUCUGCUGCGUCUGUCUCUGGCGGCAGAAGAAGGCGACCGGUGGUGAGAAGCUGGAUGGAUGAAGGUCUCUUGCUUCGCUGAUGCGUUCGUUCUCAACAAGGACAAAAGACGGCGGUAUGACCGGGUGGAAAUAAUGGCUAAUAUGAUUGACGCGUCUUUUCUGUUGUUUUUCCUGUUCCUGACUUAUGUACUGGAUCUGUUGCAUGGCUUUCUAGCGCUAAUAUAAUUGAAGUAUCUGUCUGUUACAUAUAUAUCAGCGAUCAUCACCAAUAUCCAGAGAUCAAGA